AUGUCUUCUUCAGUGCCAUACGAUCCGUACAUUCCACCUGAGGAGCCAGCUUCUCAGUCGAAGGCUGCUGCUUUAAAAGCUGAGAUUGAUGAUACUGUGGGGAUAAUGAGAGACAAUAUCAACAAGGUCGCAGAACGUGGUGAAAGGCUUACUUCAAUAGAGGACAAGGCUGAUAACUUGGCCGUAUCGGCUCAGGGGUUUAAAAGAGGUGCAAAUCGAGUAAGAAAGCAAAUGUGGUGGAAGGAUUUGAAGAUGAGGUUGUGUCUUGUACUUGUUGUUAUUAUUCUUCUAGUAGUUAUUAUUGUUCCAAUAGCUGUUCAUUUCAGUUGA